AUGGAAUUUAAAUUCGGCUGGAUGUUUAUAGUGUGUUUGUGCUUCGGUUUGUCAGUGGCCGCACAGCAGAAGAUCUACAGGGCUGCUGUCGUGCGUGAGCUGGAAUACGGUAGAGAUUUCACGAAACACUUAUCAAUUAUCCAAGAGGCUUCAGAUGCGAGGGUAGAUGUUUUGGUGCUUCCAUUACCGAAAGAGUCACCAAUGUGUACUCUUGAUAGCUGCAGUACUAUGAACUAUUACGACGAGAUGGUGAGAGCUGUGUCCGAAGCAUCUAAAACGGGCGGGUUGUACAUAGUGGCUCACUUUUUGGAGAAAACUAAAUGCCAUAAUAGGGACGAGCUAAUAAGAAGCAACCUAGUCUUCGACAGAUUAGGGAAUGUGGUAUCUGUAUACCGCAAACCGUUCAACAAUAUCGCCAACUGCACAACAACCGCAUCAGAUAUUGGCACUUUUACUACUGACUUCGGAGUAACAUUUGGUGUUCUGAUGGAAGAAGAUCUGGUCCUUUUAAAGCCUGAAGAUCUUAAAGGGCUAAACAAUUUUGUGCUUACCGGUUAUUGGACUACAGAGAUUCCGUUUUUAAGUGGCAUCAUCACCGGGAGAGAUGGUGUCAAUACUGGUGGGACUAGUUUGGAAGUUGCUGAAAUAAAUAUAGAUCAAAUUCCAUAUCAAGAUUUGGCGAUGUUUCCUCCGGCAACAAUCGCGGGUAGCAGCGUCCCGUCGGAUGAGUGGUCGGUGUACGCGGUGAGCCUGCUGCUGCCGGCCGCCGCCGCGCGCGGAUUCCACCACACGCUAUGCCACAAGACCUUCUGUUGCCACUUCUACGUCAAGACUAACGGCACAGACGAGGAAAUGAGCUAUGGACUAGCAGUGUUUGAAGGUAGUCGUAGCUUUUCUUCACGUGACAUCGGCGCUAAUAUGUGCGGAAUAUUCGCCUGCGCCGGCCUUUAUAAGCGCUCAUGCUCUGAACGAAUUAACAACACAAACAUAAUAUUCGAGAAGAUAUCCAUUUCUGGAAAUUUCACCGUAGAUAACACAGAGUACCCAAUAAUUGUGACUUCUGCUAACUCCAAUAUUGCAGCUAACCAAUUCCGCUUUGAAUCUACACACUUAAAUGACUUCAGACAAGUAACGUUGCAGAUUGAAAACGUUAAAAAAUUAUUAAAUUUCGGAAUCUUCGGAAGAGACUACACGAAAGACAUUGUAAAAUCACAGGUAUAUACAGAUAUAACAUCGAAUACACCAGGAUAUAUAAUAAGUGGUGAUUUGGAUGAAUUCUUUGACUACGUCUGGAUACGGCUGCGAAUACUGAUAUUCCUAGUUUCCAUUUAUGUUUUGGAAAUGUUGUGAGGUUUCAAUUUCAAUGGUAUUUUGAACUUUAGAUAGACUGGGUAUUUUUUAAGAAUUGUAGGUAUAACAAAACAGUUUUGUUAUUUCAAGUGUGAAUUUUUGAUUUCUUGCAAUUUUGGGAUAAUAUACUGGUAUACUCAUACGAAUUGUGAGAGAUUGGGCAUUCGAUAUUUGGAAUCUAAAAGCAUAAACAUCUUAAGAAAUCCGUUUUUUUGUGUAUUCACUUGCACAAAGAUUGUUUUAUUAGGUAAAUAUUUUUUCUUUAUAUAAAUGCAGGUUACAUUUGUCAAAUUGAGACAAUGAAUUUACUAUUAAUAUUACAAAAAUAGUAAAUGUUUUAGGUAUGUUAUUACUUAAAAUAUCAUAGUUUCUGAUUUUUAUUGUAUUAUUUUGCUUUGAGAUUGCAUGACUGAUUACGUAAUAAGGUUUUAGCGGUAAGAUUUAAGUAAAUAUUAUAUUUUUGCGAUGAGUAAUGAAUCCAAAAGAUGGGUAAUAUUUUGCUUUUAUCUAUGGAAUUAAUAUAUAGGGUAUGUUAAUGGUACAAAUUCAUUUUAAUUUUGUGUAAUAAUUUAUAAAUAGUAUUCGCUUACUGGAGAAGAAACUAGUCUUGAUUUUGGUAGUUUAUUUAAAUUAGUAAAUAAAACAAGACAGUUAAGUCCGUUUAUACGUGCCAUAAUUGAAGAAGAACAGAUUCCUUACAUUAUAGCUUGAGUAUUUUAUGAGUACAAUUGGAAUAUUGUAUUUUGAUGAAUUCAUCAGUAAAUUUUCUUAUGUUUUCCAUCACUAGUAAGUAUCUACCUGUGAUAUUAGAUUUAUGCAUGGUGUUAUUUUUUUAAUAAAUAUUUUUUUAGUGAAUCCCUAUUUUAUUCAAUCACUUACAAACACGUCUUUGAAUGUUUAAUAACAUGAAGUGUUUUUUCAAAGAAAGCUUUGAUGUUGUACCUACAAAAAGUACAAAGAAACAAGACAGAUGUUUGAUCAAAGGCACAUAAUUCCAGAAAUCUUCAAAAUCUUAU